AUGAACCGGCUUCUCCGCUCGAACUUCGCCCACGUCAUCUACGAUACACACAAGCCUAAGCACCUCCUCCAAGGCAUCCACGAGCGGUUCAUGCAGAUAGAGGCCUUUGCACGUCAGAAAUACAAGAACUUGGAUGCAGGGGUAGACAGCCGCCCAUCGACGAGUGCCGAAGCGGCAGUUCAUGCUGCCAGUAUCGCCAUCUUCGUUGUCCUGGGCCCGACCUUGACCGCCAUGUUUGGGUUCAUGGGCACGUUGGUGGCUGGCGUAAUUUCCAUGAUGGGAGGUGUCGUUGGGUAUAUGGUCAUUGGUAUCAUCGAAGCGGGGGAGAAGUACCACAAGCUGGAAGAAGCCAUUAAGGUAUAA